AUGACUACGCUUUCGGAACAAUCGCUGAAAAUUAAUCAAUUGAGAAAGGACUCAACUAUCCUUGGGCAGAUGAACAAGAUUUUGGUUGCCAACAGAGGUGAAAUUCCAAUCAGAAUCUUCAGAACUGCCCAUGAGUUGUCCAUGCAGACCGUUGCGAUCUACUCUCACGAGGAUAGGUUGUCAAUGCAUCGUUUGAAAGCCGAUGAGUCCUAUGUCAUUGGUAAGAAGGGCCAGUUCUCACCUGUCCAGGCUUACUUGCAAAUAGAUGAAAUCAUCUCAAUUGCUAAGCAACACAAUGUAAACAUGAUCCACCCAGGUUAUGGGUUCCUUUCUGAAAACUCCGAGUUUGCCAGAAAGGUUGAAGAAGCCGGAAUUGCUUGGAUCGGGCCUACCUACAAGACAAUUGACGCUGUUGGUGACAAAGUCUCCGCUAGAACUUUGGCUAUCAACAACAAUGUUCCCGUCGUGCCAGGUACCCCAGGUCCAAUCGAUAACGUUGAAGACGCCAAGAAGUUCGUUGAAGAGUACGGAUACCCAGUCAUCAUCAAAGCCGCCUUUGGUGGUGGUGGUAGAGGUAUGAGAGUUGUCAGAGAAGGUGACGAUAUUGCUGAUGCCUUCAACAGAGCAACCUCAGAAGCCAAGACCGCUUUCGGUAAUGGUACAUGUUUCAUUGAAAGAUUUUUAGACAAACCUAAGCACAUUGAAGUUCAAUUAUUGGCUGAUGGUUAUGGGAAUGUUAUCCAUUUGUUUGAAAGAGAUUGUUCUGUUCAAAGAAGACAUCAAAAGGUUGUUGAAAUUGCUCCAGCUAAGAAUUUACCGAGAGAAGUAAGAGACGCCAUCUUAACUGAUGCUGUCAAGUUGGCUAAAUCUUCCAACUAUAGAAAUGCUGGUACUGCUGAAUUCUUGGUUGAUGAACAAAACCGUCAUUACUUUAUUGAAAUUAACCCUAGAAUUCAAGUGGAACAUACUAUUACUGAAGAAAUCACGGGUGUUGACAUUGUAGCUGCUCAAAUUCAAAUUGCUGCUGGUGCUUCUUUACAACAAUUAGGAUUGUUGCAGGACAAGAUUACCACUAGAGGUUUCGCUAUUCAAUGUAGAAUCACCACUGAAGAUCCAACCAAAAAUUUCCAACCAGAUACCGGUAAGAUUGAAGUGUACAGAUCUGCAGGUGGUAACGGUGUUAGAUUAGAUGGUGGUAAUGGAUUUGCUGGUUCAAUUAUUUCCCCUCACUAUGAUUCUAUGUUGGUAAAGUGUUCAUGUUCCGGAUCUACUUUUGAAAUUGCCCGUAGAAAGAUGUUGAGAGCUUUGAUUGAGUUCAGAAUUAGAGGUGUUAAGACUAACAUCCCAUUCUUGUUGGCUUUGCUCACAUACGAUACUUUCAUUGCUGGAAACUGUUGGACCACAUUUAUCGAUGACACUCCAUCAUUAUUCCAAAUGAUCUCAUCUCAAAACAGAGCUUCCAAGUUAUUGACCUACUUGGGUGACUUAGCCGUCAACGGCUCCCAAAUUAAGGGUCAAGUUGGAUUCCCUAAGUUGGCAGACGAAGCUUUAAUCCCAGAAUUACAUGACCCUAAAACUGGUAUUGUUAUUGAUUUACAUAACCAAGUCAUCCCACCACCAAGAGGUUGGAGACAAGUUUUGUUAGAAGAAGGACCAGAAAAAUUCGCCCAGAAGGUUAGAGACUUCAAGGGUACCUUAAUCAUGGAUACUACCUGGAGAGAUGCUCAUCAAUCCUUAUUAGCCACCAGAGUUAGAACUAUCGAUUUAUUGAACAUUGCUCCAACGACUGCUCACGCUUUAAGCGGUGCAUUUGCCUUAGAAUGUUGGGGUGGUGCUACCUUCGAUGUCUGUAUGAGAUUCUUAUACGAAGAUCCAUGGCAAAGACUUAGACAAUUGAGAAAGUUAGUACCAAACAUUCCUUUCCAAAUGUUGUUGAGAGGUGCCAAUGGUGUUGCUUACAGUUCAUUACCAGAUAAUGCUAUUGACCAAUUCGUUAAGGAAGCUAAGGAUAACGGUGUUGAUAUUUUCAGAGUUUUCGACGCUUUGAAUGACUUGGAACAAUUGAAAGUUGGUAUCAAUGCAGUUAAGAAGGCUGGUGGUGUUGUUGAAGCCACUGUUUGUUACUCAGGUGAUAUGUUGAAGGCAGGUAAGAAGUACAAUUUAGAAUACUACUUAAAUUUUGUUGAUGAAAUUGUUAAGAUUGGUACUCACUUUUUGGGUAUUAAGGAUAUGGCUGGUACUUUGAAGCCAAACGCUGCUAAGUUGCUUAUCAGCGCUAUCAGAGAAAAGUACCCAGACUUGCCAAUUCAUGUCCAUACCCACGAUUCUGCUGGUACCGGUGUUGCGCUGAUGACCGAAUGUGCCAAGGCUGGUGCUGAUGUUGUCGAUGCCGCAUCCAACUCCAUGUCUGGUAUGACUUCUCAACCAUCUAUCAAUGCUAUCUUAGCUUCUUUCGAAGGAGAAAUCGAAUCUGGAUUACAAGAAUCAUUAGUUCGUGAAUUAGACAACUACUGGGCUCAAAUGAGAUUGUUAUACUCUUGUUUCGAAGCUGACUUGAAGGGUCCAGAUCCAGAAGUCUAUCAACACGAAAUCCCAGGUGGUCAAUUGACCAACUUAUUAUUCCAAGCUCAACAAUUAGGCUUGGGAGAAAGAUGGUUAUUAACCAAGGAAACUUACAAGAUUGCCAACCACUUAUUGGGUGAUAUUGUUAAAGUUACUCCUACCUCUAAGGUUGUCGGAGACUUGGCCCAAUUUAUGGUUUCCAAUAACUUAACAGAAGAAGAUGUUCAGAAGUUGGCUACAGAAUUGGAUUUCCCAGAUUCUGUUUUGGACUUUAUGGAAGGUUUAAUGGGUACUCCAUAUGGAGGAUUCCCAGAACCUUUAAGAACAAACAUCUUAGGAAACAAGAGACCAAAGUUGAACGAAAGACCAGGUCUCUCCUUAAAGCCAAUUAACUUUGCUGAAAUAAAGGAAGAAUUGUUGGCAAGAUACAACAAUGUCUCUGAGGUAGAUAUUGCUUCAUACGUGAUGUACCCUAAGGUUUUCGAACAAUUCAAGAAGAUUCAAGAACUCUAUGGAGAUUUAUCUGUUUUACCUACCAGAUACUUCUUAAAGCCAUCCAAGUUGGGUGAAGAAAUUGUUGUUGAAAUUGAACAAGGUAAGACUUUGAUUAUUAAGUUAUUGGCUGUUGGUGAAAUUUCUCAACAAACUGGUACCAGAGAGGUUUUCUUUGAGUUAAACGGUGAAAUGAGAUCUGUCACUGUUGACGACAAGACCUCUUCCAUCGAAACCAAGACUAGACCAAAGGCCACUCAACCAAAUGAGGUUGGUGCCCCAAUGGCUGGUGUUGUCGUUGAAGUUAGAACCAAGGAAGGUACUGAAGUCAAGAAGGGUGACCCAAUUGCUGUAUUAUCAGCCAUGAAGAUGGAAAUGGUCAUUAGUGCGCCAGUUUCUGGUAAAAUUGGGGAAAUUUUGGUCAAGGAAGGAGACUCGGUUGAUGCCAGUGAUUUGAUUGCUGCUAUUCACCAGUAG